AUGCCACCGCCGCGUCCGGCCACUGGAAGCCAGCGGAAGGCCCCAGCGGCGUCGCUGGCGGCGAGUCAGCAGCCGCUGCAGGGAAAGUUGCGGCCGCAGUCGGCGGCGCUGCUCACAGCCGCUCCAUCUGCUGCUGCGCCGGAAUCGCCGCCUCGCACUGCCAGCGGACCUGCCGCUGCUGCGAAUGGCGAGCGCGUGGGCGCCACGAGCGAUGAGUUGAUCCGCGACCUGGAGCACAAGGUGCGCAAGGUGGUCGAGCUCAAGCGCGCCACGAGCGACAAGCUGCGCUUCGCCGUGGCCAAGAAGCGCGAGGAGGUGGAGAAGGCCAAGCUCAUCCUGCAGGACCUAAUCAAGGACAGCGAGGCGCUCGGACUGCACUACACUGGCGGCGGCACUGGGAACCAGGUCGAGGACGCCGCGCGAGGAGCUCAAGCGGCCAAGGCGGCCGACGCCCACGACGACAAGAUCGUGGAGGAGCCCAACCGCCUGCAGCCCAUCGCGUCCAUCUCGAGACGCCCCGUGUACUCCAAGCACACCAAGAUCAACGAGCUGGAGGCCAAGCUGGAGAAGCGCGCGCAGGCCUCGCACGAGGUCUUGCGCAGUACCAUGGUACUCGAGCACAUCAAGAAGCGGCUGCUGAACGAGCGCAUCGAGAUCACGCAGGAGACGAACGAGCUGAAGGCGCGAUUCGCAGAGCUCAACCACCAGACGCAGGAGCUGCAGAAGAAGGAGAUCAACGCCAGCGAGGCCGUGAGUCAGAUCCAGACGCGACUGGCCCAGCAGAAGGCCGACAUGGCAGCCAACCUCCGCAAGUACAAGCGCGAAGUCGAGAUGCGGCAGAAGUGGGCGCGCGAGAAGGCCAAGUUCGAGAAGUACUACAACGACCAGAUGCAGAUGCUGCUGGACGCUCAGAACUCUGGUUCGCCCAACAAGACGCGCAGGAACAGCGUCAUCUCGCUGGCAGAUGACAUGGAGGCACAAGAAGAGUACCGACAAGCUUUUCUCCGCAUGGGCUUUGGUCAUUACAGCGAAGGCGUGGAUCCCGAGGAAAUUAUACGUACUUGUCUUUCUCAUGAAGAGAUCAAGAAGGAGUUGGACGCCAAGCACGACGAGGACAUGGAGCGCAUUGCGAUUUUGCGCGACCAGCUUGCAAAAUCCCGAAAUAUUGCGACGGAAAAGAUCCCAUUGUCGAAGCGAGGCACGUCGCAGCGUCUCGAGAUCAAGGAGAUUGAGAUCUCCAGCGUGGAGCGUGCGCUGGCGACUGUUGUCGACCAGUAUAUGUUUGUUGACCAGAGUGUCCGGCCUCUCAAGAUCGGGCUGCAGCAGAUUCUGCAAAAUAUCACCAACGAGACUGUGAACGUUGACGACAUGGCAGGAAUCGAGAAUGCGCUCAUGAGCUUAAUUGAAGAGAUGAUGAAGCUCGUGCGCGAGACGCAGCACGAAUCGGACAGUCCGACGAACCAGCCACCGACAAACGAGCCUCCAUCUCCAAAUGACUCUGCAUCCGCCACCUCAGAAGCGGAUCCUACCAGCCCUUCCAAGGCAAUUGUGAAACUCGGUGUCGUAUCCGCAGACAAUUUCACAUCUCCGUUCAACAUUCGCAUUCCACCAAAGCCGAAAGAGCCGUACUAUGUGCUCGGACCCGAAGACUUUGACUUCGACGUCAUGGACCGGUCUACGGUGAAGCGCAUUUCGUCGGUGCUAGUGUGUACGAGCACUGGGAAGAAAGGUAAGGAAGCCGAACGUGGGAACAACCAUUAA